GGAACGCUGUGACGUCUAACAACUGCGCGACAUCUAAUAGCGAUUACCGGUACGAGAAACAAGGAGUUGCUGAAUGAUGACGGACAUGUCGCUUCUUAACUCUGAGCUGGACUUACAGCAACAGGAAGAAUUGUAUCAGCAACUACUGUUACAGACCCUUGGGCAGAUCAACAGUGAAAGUCCAGACUCCAAAGUAAUCCGACCAGAGCCUGGCAUGUGUGUGAAGACUUUCUCAGAGCCAGACAAGGAGAAGGUAUUUAUAAACGUCUGUCAGUCGAACUCAGUCCCGCCUCCUCCAGAACUCUCCAGAGAGAAGCUUGUGGAGCUGCUCCAAUCAGACGAUCCUAGCGGCUUUCGAGUUCCCAUGAGUCUAGGCGAGCCACACACAGAAAUAGACAAUAGCUCUCAGGGUUGCACAGCUUAUGAUGUUGUCAUUAACCAGGACUUCUUCCAGAAGUGUCAGAAGGAUCCCUUAUUCCAGCAGUUUGUUAUCCUCGUGUCUGUAGAGGGUUUAGAAAACAAAUACAAUCUGGAGCUGAGUAGAGAGUGGAAGGUCCUGAAAAACAGAAAGUUUUUGGGUUCUGUCAGUGAGCAGAAUAUCCGCACAAAGAGCAGGCCGGUCAUUGAAGAGCUGCAGCCUCCUUUGCCCAGACCAGAGUUCACGCUGAUUGUUGAGCCUCCUGCUGGUGACCCAGAGUACCUGAUUGCAGAGAUAAAGCUUCCCGGAGUGGGGUCGUCUCGCUCUCUGGUUCUGGAUGUGGGGGAGGAUCGACUGGUGUUAACAGCUCGGCCCUCGCUCUUCCAUCUUGACAUCUUCCACCCCUUCCUGGUUGACCAGGAGAACAGCGUGGCGCAGUACAAUAGCAGCACACAGAUCCUCACAGUCACUAUGCCCGUAGUGUCUUCAUGAAACUGCAGAAGUCAUGUUCAGUUUGUGAUGUUUUUUAAAAAAUAAUACUGCAGCAAUAAAAGUGUUAUUCAUACA